AUGCGACAGGCAUUCUCCACAAAACUGGUGCACUGGAAUCAAAGUGUCGAUUACUAUUCGUGGAAAGGUGUGUACUGUAGCCAGGGAUGUGUUAUUGGUCUAGACUUGAGCAGUGAAUCAAUCACUGGAUCAAUUCCAUCAUUCAGCAUGGCUAAGAAUCUGACCAAAAUUAACAUUUCUCACAAUCAUUUAACUGGUCAAAUUACUUCCACUCGUUGGGAAGUGCUUUUGAGUCUUGUGAACCUUGACUUGCGUAACAAUUCACUGGAUAAUGCAUUUAUGUUGCAUGUCUUUGUUCUACGUUCUAACAAAUUCCACGUGUCCCUUGGUUGUACAGGGCCUAAUGCCAAUGCUGCCUGGUCAAGCUCUAAAGAAAUAGUGAUUGACAUUUCCUACAACAAUCUUGAGGGUACAAUACCUGAAAAAAUAGGACGAAUCUAUUCAUUAGGAGUUCUCAACUUGUCCCAUAAUGCUCUUACAGGCCGAAUCCCACCAUCUCUUAGAAAGCUGAAUCGUCUUAUAUCACUAGAUCUAUCGGUCAAUCACUUGGUGGGGCAAAUUCCUAGAAUGAGAUUUCCGAAAACAUCCUACGAGGGAAACGAAGGAUUAUAUGGCUUCCCACGGCAUGAAGAAUGCAAAGACUUAGGAUCUUGA